UAAAACCUUCCUCCUAGAUUUAUCAAUCGGCCUUCGAUUCACUGCGCCAAAGUUCCUUCUAAUUUAUGGUUAUCAUCUUUGAACACCCAUCUUUUAUUCUUUUUUUUUUUCCCUUCACCCAUUUCCUAUCUGCACUUACUGUCCUGACUAUUUAAACUGAAUGAUUCUUGGGGUGUUUCAAGAAUGUUACUUUUUUCACAAAUUACAUAUACAGAUAUAGAUAAAUAGGUUCAGAUUUAAAAUGGGUAUAUAGAUAAUAAUAAAGUUUUAGUAUUUAUGUUGCAUAAUUUUCUGAGAUUGAGGUGGUUUUAGUUUAGAGCUAACAGUUGUACGUAAUUAUAGUGCUCAAUUUAUGAUAUUUUUUUUUGAAAAAGAUUGCUUUUUUUUUAUGACAGAGAUGUAGGGGAAGGGGAAAUGGGGAAAGGGAUUAUAAGGUGAGGAAUCGAGAAAGUUUAGAUAGCCAACCGACUGAGUUGCUAAAAUCCUGUAUGUAUUUUCUUUUUCACUUCUAAAUGAGAGGAAGAACCUUCUUUACGAAGUCUUUGUCAGUAUUUAAGUUACAGGGUCAAUAUUCAAUCAGUUUUUCAUCCAUUGCUUACAAGUCUUUUGAUGAUCUCAAGACUUGUAUUGUAUCACUUCAAUCAUUUGCUAAUGACAAGGACCUCACAGGAGGGAAACAAGUUCAUUGCCACAUGCUUAGAUGUGGUCAUUUGGAUUUAUCUCCAGUGCCUACAACUAGCCUUAUUAACAUGUACUCGAAAUGCAAUUCGAUAUCCAAUGCGUUAUCUGUAUUCUAUACUUCACCACUUGAUCAUAAUGUGUUUGUUUAUAAUGCUAUAAUAGCAGGGUUAAUUGCCAAUGAUUUGCCUAAAAGUGCUUUUGAAAUCUAUUUCAAAAUGAGACUAGGUGGUGUCAUGCCUGAUAAGUUCACUUUCCCUUGUGUGCUUAAGGCUUGUAAAAAUGAAGUAGACGUGAAAAAGAUUCACGGGUUAGUUUUUAAACUUGGGCUAGAAGUUGAUUUGUUCAUCGGCAGUGCUUUGUUGCACGGUUAUCUGAUGUAUAGGAUGGUGGAUUUUGCGUUAGAUGUGUUUGAGGAUUUGCCGGAGAGGGAAGAUGUUGUGAUUUGGAAUGCCAUGAUCAAUGGCUAUGCUCAAACUGCUGAGUUUGGUAGUGCUUUGAUGGUUUUUAGGUGGAUGAUUGAGGAUGGAGUUAUUCCCAACAGGUUUAGCAUAACGGGUGUACUUUCAGCUCUGGCAAAUUAUGGGGAAGUUUAUAAUGGAAAGGUGAUACAUGGGUUUGUGAUAAAAAAAGGAUUUGAUUUGGGGGUUGCGAUUUCUAAUGCAUUAAUAGACAUGUAUGGUAAAUGUAGCUGUGUUGCUAACGCUUUUGAGGUUUUCGAGACAAUGGAUGAUAAGGAUAUAUUUUCAUGGAACUCAAUAAUUUGUGUGCAUGAACAAUGUGGUAAUCACGAGGGAACUUUGAGGCUUUUCAAAAGGAUGUUGUCCGCUAGAGUUAGUCCUGAUUUGGUGACUGUCACCACUGCACUUCCUGCCUGUGCUCAUUUAGCAGCAUUGAGGCAUGGUAGAGAGAUUCAUGCAUACGUGAUUGUUAAUGGUCUAAGGAAAGAUACUGCUGACAAAGAAUAUGACGAUACUUACAUUGACAAUGCAAUUUUGGACAUGUAUGCCAAAUGUGGAAGCAUGCGUGAGGCUAAGCUGAUCUUUGAUAUGAUGAAUUUCAAAGAUGUGGCAUCGUGGAACAUUAUGAUUAAGGGGUAUGGCGUGCACGGAUUUGGCAUCAAGGCAUUAGAAUUGUUCUCUGAUAUGUGUAAGGCAAAAUUGAGGCCUGAUGAUGUCACAUUUGUUGGGGUUUUGUCAGCUUGCAGCCAUUCAGGCCUUGUAAAACAGGGGAGAGAAUUUCUUGCCCAAAUGCAGCCGAAGUAUGGUGUUGUGCCUUCUAUUGAACAUUACACCUCUGUGAUUGACAUGCUAGGUCGUGCUGGGCAGCUUGAAGCUGCUUAUGAGUUGUUAUUAACAAUGCCCAUUAAGACCAAUUCUGUAAUAUGGAGAGCUCUCUUGGCUGCCUGCCGUCUCCAUGGUAAUGAUGAUCUUGCUAAGGUUGCUGCAAAACAGGUACUUGAUCUUGAACCAGAUCAUUGUGGAAGUUAUGUCAUAUUAUCAAAUGUUUAUGGACAAACUGGUCGCUAUGAAGAGGUAUUAGAGAUAAGAGAUGCAAUGAAGCUACAAAAUGUAAGGAAGACACCUGGUUGCAGCUGGAUUGAACUUCAUAAUGGUGUCCAUGUCUUUAUAACUGCUGAUAAGUCACAUCCUGAAGGCAACCUUAUUUAUGCUGGAUUGAAUUCUUUAACUGCUCGGUUGCGUGAGCAUGGUUAUACACCAGAAUCUGAUGCCUUGGAGAGAAGUCCAUGAUAUUCCAGACUUAUUCUCCAUCAUCCUAGAUGAAGAUUCCUGAAGCACUGACUGAAAGCAAUAUCUCUUUUUGAAACCUAGCAAGUGUGUGAGUUAGUUUUGCUUCUCAUGGAAACCAAUGUCUAUGCAUGCUGGUGCUGUGAAAACAGUCCGAGUUAUCUGUGUGCUUUUGCAUAUAAACUUUCCACUGAAAAAUGAAAAGUAUGUUUUCUUCACUUUUGGAGCAUCUCAUUUUGCAGCAUCUACUAUAACCAGGGGGAUAUUUAAUGCAACUAAGGACUAUGCUUCUCCUUUUGAUGGUGACGGUCAUGGAAUGGAACCAUGGGAUCCCCAUUAUUGUAGCUGGACAUAACUUUGGAAAUACUAGUGGAAUAUCUCCUCGUUCACAGUAAGAAAUUAGAAGUUAAUUAUUAAGCUACUUCGGAACUUAUGUCAAAAGAAAGACAAGUACACUGCUACAAUGGGCUACAGGAACUUCAUGGAGACCAUUCCUAAACAGGCAUCAUGGAUCUUACUGAAGAUCAUGAAGACAUCUAAGUAUUUCACAGAAGCAGGACAUGAACCAGUUCCCAACAACAGUUCUAUCAGAAGAUUAGAGGAGAGUUUCCAAAGGUGGAGUGGAAGAAACUGGUAUGCAAUAACCUUGGAAUUCCUAAGUGGCCAUGGAAGAUGAUUUGGAAAACCAAAGAACCUACGAAAGAAGCUUUUUUUGGUUGGCUAGCAGCUAGGGAUGCUUGCCAAACACAACACAAGUUACUAAGGAGAGGAUUUUCCUUGUGCAGUAGAUGCUAUUUCUGCAAUUCAGAGGAGGAAACAGUUGAACAUCUUUUCAUGCAUUGCAGAUUUUCAAGACAAUGUUGGGAACUUUUCUUUAGAAUAAUGGGCGUAUCUUUGGGUGUUACCAGAGAAAAUCAGUAGCUUGUUGGAAGUAUAGCGAUCUGUUUGAGGAUGUCUGAGGUGGUGCCGAUCUGUUUUCUGACCUCUCACUAAGAAAAGGGUGUGAGGCCAGAAGAUCAUUCCUACACAAUACAAACUGGUACUGGUGGUAUGCUCUCAUUUUUUCUCCUAAAAGGUUACAGGCUUGCAGGUUGCAGCAGUGUUUUUCCCUUCCAUUUGUGCUCUGGGGCCAGUGCUCAAAGUCUAAAUGUUGCUUCAAUUAUCUGGCAGCGAUUGGCAGUAGAUGCUUAAAAGGAUUUAAAAGUUUUUAUGGAACAUCAUAUCGGCUAAUCUUGAUGAAGCCCAAGGGCAUCUAAGAAUUCUUCAUAGCCGUAGAAAGAGACGACGAGUAGUGACACAUACAGUGUAUCGUAUGAUGCUAUCACAUCAACUUGGCUAUUAUUUUCUUCUAAACAACUUGGUUUUGGCCUACUAAUCUCAGAGAAAGAAAGCUCGCUUUCACCAAGUCACGGCCUAGACAAGCUAUGGUUCUCGGAGGAGCCUUCAGUCCAAUGGUCAUCGCAGUUGGUAGGAGUAACAAGUGGUUUUCUUUUGAUAUGUUUGGUUUGAGCAUAGCAACAAGUGAUUGUUUUGUUGUGUUUUUUUUUUGCAAGAAACAAAUGGUAGAACAUUUGAGCAUAGUUAUGUGUUUCAAUGACUGAACUGGAUUGGUUU